GGCAAAUAUAAACAAACGAACAAGAGAUUUGUUUUCACUUUAUCAUAUAUAUUAUUUUUCCCACAAGACUUAGUUAAAAUGAAAAUACUAGAAGGUUGACUGGAAUACUUAUCAUUCCAUAUAGUGUAAUGGAUUCCAUGGAUAGUAAAACAUUGGUCAUUUCAUGUUAACAAGUGAUGAAUAUUUAAAUAUUUGAGAAGAAUACAUUAUCUAUAAUAGAGAAGUGUAUUAUGAGAGUAGCAUUAAAGAUACUUAUAAUACUAUAUAUAAUUCCUUUAUAUAUUGUUAAUACUCAUAAUAUAUCUUUGACUGAAUCAAUAAACAAUGUUAAUAAUGCAAAAUUACCUAUAAUUGGACACCAAGAGAGUUAAUGCUUGAAAUUGCAUGUGAUCAAUUACAUCCAUGUAUUAAAGCAUCAUGGCUUCCACCAAUAGAUUAUCAACAAUAUUUUAAUAAAAAUGACAAUACUAAUAAUAAUAAUAAUAAACAUGAAUAUGACAAUAAGAAUCAACUUUUAGCUUAUAGAAUACGUUAUCAUAUUAUACAUCCAAUUGAAUUAUCCAAAGUCAAUGUAAAUAAUCCUAAUUAUCUAGACAAAAAAUUAUUAACCAAAACAAUUGAAAAAAAUAUUACUGGUUUACAAUAUACCAGUAAUCCAGGUGAACAUUUGUUCGGUGUAAUUUAUGAAGUUUCUGUGGCUGGCGUUACUGAGAAUGGAUAUGGUCGAGAUGCAAUUAGUCGAAUAGCUACACCUGAAUCAGCUCCUUCAGAUGCUCCAAGUAACUUCCGUGUAGUUGGAGGUAAUCAAACAUCUGUACAGUUAGCUUGGGAACCACCAAGAUUAUUAUAUCGAAAUGGUAUUAUAAUAAAAUAUCAAGUUCGAUGUUAUAUUGUUGGUGAAGAAGAAACUCAUGAUGAAUUAAAAACGCUAACAGAACAAACUUUAAAAUUAUCCAAUCUACCAACAGCAACACAUGCUUGUUUAGUACGUGCAUGGACUAAGGCUGGUCCAGGACCUUGGAGUGAUCGUAUUCAAUUUCUUAUAAAUCAGAAAGGUCCAUCUCCUCCAUUCAAUAUUCAAGUCUAUUGGAAAACACAGUAUAUUUUAACAAUUGAAUGGAAUCUACCAAAAGAUAGAGAAAAUAUAGCUUAUUUCAUUAUUUAUUAUGCAAAACAAAAUAAUCCAAAAUUAUGGCAUAAAUAUUUUGUAAAAGAUUUGAAAACAACAAAAGAUUUAGGUAAUUUAAGUCCAGAUGAUGAGUAUUUAAUUCGUUUAAGUUCAGUUGACUUAAAUGGGAAUGAAGGUGAAUUAUCAGAUAUCAUUAAUACUAAUUCUUAUCAACAUUCAACAAUCAAUGACAAUAGUAAUGGUAAUAUCAAUAAUAAUAAUGAUAAUGAUAUGAACAAUAAACGAAAUCAUAAUUUUAUAUUCAUGGAUAUACCUGAUCAACCAGAGAAAUUUACUGUACAAAAUUUUAAAUGUAUACAUAGAACAAUGAAUACAAUUACAAUUGAAUGGUUACCUCCAAUACAUUUAGCUAAUCUACUUGAAUAUCAGUUACACAUAUCUGGACGAAGUGAAUUUAUCACAAGUAGUGGUGUAUUGAAAUCUCUUCAUUUAGGUGACAUACAAUUACAUCGAAAUAUUGAUAAACAAAUUGAUAAUAAUGAACCGGGAUUGUUAAAUUGGCCAUUAGUUAAUAUGCUUAAUAGUAUGUCAGAACUGGAAGAUCAUCAUCAUCAUCCACAGCAACAAACGCAUAAAAUGCAAAUACCAAAUUUAAAACCAAAUAGUCAAUAUAAAAUAACUAUUCGCCCAAUUUAUCGUGCACUUAUCACAGAGGGUAAUAUAGGCGCUAAAGAAGGUAUCCCAGUAACUAUAAUCUGUCAUACAGAAUGGAGUGCACCAGAACAUAUAAAACAACCAGAAUUACUUGCAAUUUAUGCAGGUCCUUCAGAUCCUCAAGGACCAACUUCAAUAAUUGAAGUAAAAUUACAUCGUGUAUCAGAAGAAAAUGGUCCUAUACAUAAUUAUUAUGUGAUUAUAUCACCAGAAUUGAAUACAAUAACAUCAAAUAAAAAUAUAAUCAAUAAUAUUCCAUUGAAAUCAUCCAAAUCUCCAGUUAUUGAUCCAUCUCAUUAUGAUUUGAAAAUUUUAUCACAAAAUAAUGAUUUACCAAGUAAUCAAGCACCUUAUUUAGCUUUAGCACGACAUACAAUAAAUUUAUUUAAACCAAAUCAUGAAACAGCAAUCAUUAUAUUAGGUAGUGAAGAAGUAGAUAAUUUUGUUUUGAAAACACAAUACCACUUGGAUACUAUAACUAGUAGAAAUCAAACUUAUGAUAGAAAUUUAAAGAAAACACCUAAUCUAGAAUCAUAUUUUCAUGAUGAUAUAUCAGAUAUACAUGAAGAUGAUAAUCAUAUCAGUAAAAAUAAUGAGAACAAACCUUAUUAUCAUAAUUUUAAUAGUAAUAUGUUUAUGAACACUAUACAAGUAAAUAAUAAACGUCUUUAUCAAUCCACUAUAUAUCGUGUUGCUUUGAGAGCAUGUUCACAGUAUCCUAAUGGCUAUCAGUUAUGUUCCACAAGUCAGUGGUCCGAUAGAAUAUCACCUAUAAAUCCAAUUAAAUCUAAUACACUAUCAAAGUUGAAAUCAUUGAAAGACAAAAUAAAUGAAUGGAAUUUACACGAAUCAUCAUCUUCAUUUGCAAUAAUUUUAACAGGUCUAUCUAGUGGUUUAAUAUUUUUUGCCAUAUUAAGUACUAUACUUGGUUGUAUAUUAAGACGUAGAAAACAACAACUCAGCAGAAGAUCUUUACUUGAAUCAAACAAUAAUAAUUUAGAUGUACAAAUAUACAGAGAUCUUAGUAAAUCAAUGUUUGGUGAAAAUUUAUCAACACCAUCUAAUUCCAGAACUAAAUGUUAUUCAUCAAAAACUAACAAUAAUAGUCUAUUGAAUUCACAACCAUCUAGUUAUUUUUUAAAUUUACAUAAUGAAGGAUCACAUAGUCCAUCGAAUUCAAACAAUGGUAUACCAAUUAUAAAUUUUCCACAUCCAGGUAGUGGUGGAUUAACUGUUGAAAUGAGUCAAAUUUCUCCAUUAGCUUUAUCAUCUAAUCAAUUAACAAUAUCUGAUCUAUCACCAGUAAUCACCAGAUCAGUAUAUAUGAAUACAGGAAAUAAAUCAGAAUCACCUACAAGAAGUGUGAAUAGCAGUGAAGCAUUAAUUGGAAAAACUAUCUAUAAUAUUCAUCCUAAACUUGGUACAACAAAUAUAUUAGAGAAUUUUAACCAACUUGUUCGUGAUGGAACACUUGAAAUACAUCGAAUGCCUAUACCAGUUGAACAGUUUCAAGAAGUGAUUUAUCAAUCAAGAAAUAAUAAUUAUAUUAGUUUCCAGCAAGAAUUUCAAACAAUUGAACAAAUCUCAUCAACACGAUAUAUCAGUGCAGUACAUUCUAAUUUAGACAUAAAUAAAUCGAAAAAUCGAUAUCCAAAUAUUUUAGCAUAUGAUUGUACACGAGUUAGUAUUCAAUCAAAUUAUCAACAUCAUUCUAAUGCACAAUAUGGAAUAGUUUCAGGAUCGGAUUAUAUAAAUGCUAAUUACAUUGAUGGUUAUAGAAAACAAAAGGCAUAUAUAGCAACUCAAAACAAUCGUUUUUGUUAUAUAACAACAUUAGAUUAUUUAAAUUCAUUUGAUUUAUGCACCCAACCACAAUUAUUAAUUCAAACAACAACAAAUAAUUUACAAUUGAAUAAUUCACCAAAUCUUAAAUUAAAAUUGAAAUCUUCACAAUUCAAUGAUAAAACUGUUGUAUUUGAAUUAGAUAAAAAUUAUGAAUUGAAUGAUAAUAAUUUAGUUAAAUAA